AUGAUCGUGAUUAUCACUAUCAUUGCAGAGGAACGCGGACUUAGAACCCUCCGUUAUUUUCCUUACAGAGAUGAUGGUAAAUUCAUCUUCGAUACGAUCCAAAAAGCGGUACGAGACUGUGUCAAUCAGUAUUAUGAAUGUGACGAGGACGUACAAAGCGACUAUGAGCUGCAAAAUUUCAUGAAUGAGGUAUCUGCAGAUGGCGUAGGGAUUGAUGGAGGCAAUGGAAAUGUAAAGGAUCUUCCCAAUGAGUUGACGUCAGUUGACAGUCUUGUGAUUUUCCUGACAAGACUUCUGUGGCAAUUAAGCGCGCAACACGCAGCCUUGAAUUAUCCCGUGGCAGACUAUGGAGGGUUUACACUCAACAUGCCCACGAAGCUGUAUCAAGAUUCACGAGUCUCCGAUGACGUGUUCUCCUUGUUCAAUUUUCCUAAUGCUAACAUUUCUGCGGUGAGCAUUCGUUCCUCGUUAUACCGCCACAUAGUUUUAAUUUCCACAGAGAGAUUAUAA